UUUUUCUAACUGUGGAAAUGCAUUGCCAUCAACUUUAACUGACUUUUUUCCCAUGCCAUUGAAAUAAUGUUUAUCUGCUCUGCUUUGCCCAACAGACCAACUAUUGAAUGAGUGCAUAAGAAGUCUGCUGCAGGGAGAGAGAUGGAGAGUGACACUCACACACUGCCACUCCUCCCUACAUCUCUUCCUUAUCCCGCCACUCUCUACCAGUGCCUGCCUUUCUCUUCCUCUCUUCUGCAAACUUCUUCCACUGUUCAUGUUUCACUGCCUCUGUCUCCUCUGUCGAUCCCACCAUCCCCUACUUCACUUUCUCCCACAGCUACAACUUCCAUUCACCUCAAGACUGAACCUCUCUCCCCUCUUUUACACCCCCUGUCCCCCCCUCUGUUCCUUGAUGGACAAAACUCACACUGCCUCAACUUUCCAACCACAUCUGACCAAGAUGACUUGACCUGCCUCAGCUGGUUGCAUGAAAGAGGAAACUUGCUUCCCCUGCAGCCCCUGCCCAAAACAACACCACUGCCUCAGCUGGAGCCCCAGGAUCUCAUACCUACCCCACACCUUCCUCCCUCCCCAUCCAAGCCCCCCUACUCCUUCAGCAGUCUAAUCUUCAUGGCGAUAGAAGACUCGCCAGACAAGAGGCUCCCAGUAAAGGGUAUCUAUGAAUGGAUAGUGAACAGCUUCCCCUACUACAGAGCAACACCUGGGGGAUGGAGAAACUCUGUUCGACACAACCUGUCUCUGAGUAAGAGCUUCCGUCGGAUUCACAGGGACAAGUGCCAGGUGAGAUGUGUUCACUGGUCUUCAAUGUGUCAGUUUGCAUGGUCUAGCUUUUUGUUUGAAAUAAUGGUAUUUUGUAAUAUUGAAGAUUGUGUAUGAUUUAAUUUUCAGUUGGUGGGGAAGGGCUCACUGUGGUGCGUGUGUCCAGAAUAUCGACAUGCUCUUCUGGAGGUGCUUAGGAAGACGCAUUAUUACCACGGCACCAACAGUAACUUACUAAACAACCCUGCAUUGUGAGUAUGAACAAACACAUCUGUAGUUUAGUUUACAGUGUUAAAUAUCAAAAAGCCUUCUAACCGUGACUUAACACCAACAUAUUUUUGCCCAAAGACUUGUUGGUUAAUGAAUGUCAGUUAAUGAUUUGUCUUACAGUAGUAGAUUUAUUACAGCCCAGUCAGACCCUUACCAGUUGUCCAACUAACUGUAUUUAUCUUCCCUCUGUCCUGUGUGUCCGUGGAGCAGGUUGGAGGGAGCUGAUUACGGAGUAUCUAUGGUGUGUGACACUGUGGGGAUCUCAGGUUAGCCCUCCUCCAUCACU